GAAACCCGAGGGAAGGACGGGGGCGGCGUCGGACUGGAGCCGAGCGGCGGCGCGAGCUGCCCAGGGCGCGGUCCCGUGCUCGCCCGCCGGGCCCCCGCCGCCGAACUACACCCUGCCGUGCCCAGCUCUGCCCGCGUCCGUGCCCCCGCGGGGAGCGCGCCGGGGCUGCCCCCCGAAUGACGGGCGGAAGGUUCGACUUCGACGAUGGCGGCACCUACUGCGGCGGCUGGGAGGAGGGCAAGGCGCAUGGGCACGGCAUCUGCACGGGGCCCAAGGGCCAGGGCGAGUACUCGGGCUCCUGGUCGCACGGCUUCGAGGUGGUCGGAGGCUACACCUGGCCCAGCGGCAACACCUACCAGGGCUACUGGGCUCAGGGCAAGCGGCACGGGCUGGGGGUGGAGACGAAGGGCAAGUGGAUGUACCGGGGGGAGUGGUCACAUGGUUUCAAGGGGCGCUACGGGGUCCGGCAGAGCCUGUGCACCCCCGCUCGCUACGAGGGUACCUGGAGUAACGGGCUGCAGGACGGGUACGGCGUGGAGACCUACGGGGACGGAGGUACCUACCAGGGCCAGUGGGCCGGUGGCAUGCGGCAUGGCUACGGCGUGCGCCAGAGUGUGCCCUACGGCAUGGCCACCGUGAUCCGCUCGCCCCUGCGCACCUCGCUGGCCUCGCUGCGCAGUGAGCAGAGCAACGGCAGUGUGCUCCACGACGCAGCGGCCGCGGCCGACAGUCCGGCCGGCACCCGCGGUGGCUUCGUGCUCAACUUCCACGCCGACGCCGAGCUGGCUGGCAAGAAGAAGGGCGGCCUCUUCCGCAGGGGCUCCCUUCUCGGGAGCAUGAAAAUUCGCAAGUCCGAAUCCAAGUCUUCCAUCUCCAGCAAGCGUAGCUCGGUCCGUAGCGACGCAGCCAUGAGCAGAAUUAGCUCCAGCGAUGCCAACUCCACCAUCAGCUUUGGCGAUGUCGACUGCGAUUUUUGCCCUAUGGAAGACCACGUGGACGCCACCACCACGGAAACCUACAUGGGUGAGUGGAAGAAUGACAAACGCAAUGGUUUCGGCAUCAGCGAGCGCUCCAAUGGCAUGAAGUACGAGGGCGAGUGGGUCAACAACAAGAGGCAUGGGUACGGCUGCACCGUGUUUCCUGACGGCUCCAAGGAAGAGGGGAAAUACAAAAAUAAUAUUUUGGUCCGUGGAAUAAGGAAGCAGCUUAUACCAAUAAGAAAUACAAAAACUAGGGAGAAGGUGGACAGAGCUAUCGAAGGCGCACAAAGGGCAGCUGCCAUGGCAAGAACCAAAGUGGAAAUAGCCAAUUCAAGGACUGCACACGCCAGAGCCAAAGCUGACGCUGCGGACCAGGCCGCACUGGCUGCCCGCCAGGAGAGCGACAUCGCAAGAGCUGUGGCCAGGGAGCUGUCGCCUGACUUCUACCAACCAGGCCCAGAUUAUAUCAAACAGAGAUUUCAGGAAGGGGUAGAUGCUAAAGAAAAUCCAGAAGAAAAGGUACCAGAAAAGCCACCUACACCAAAGGAAUCUCCUCAUUUUUAUCGAAAAGGUACGACACCCCCAAGGUCUCCUGAGACAAGUCCCAAACAAAGGCACUCUCCCCAGCCGUCCCCACAGCCUGCAAGGAAGCAGAACCCCAGCCCAGGGGCCAGACUCAACCUAGACAUACGGAAUGUGGCUGAUGAGCAGGUGACGGCAGUCAUCAACAAACCCUUGAUGUCAAAGGCUCCCUCAAAGGAGAUGGGAGCCAUCGUGCCCCAGUCCAAGUACUCUGGCCGCCACCACGUCCCCAACCCCAGUAAUGGGGAGCUACAUUCUCAGUACCAUGGCUAUUAUGUGAAACUGAACGCUCCCAAGCACCCUCCAGAAGACGUGCAGGAGGACGAAGGACCCAGCCACUCUUCCUCAGUGCUGGUGCACAAGCCGUCACCCAACAAGUGGGGUCCCCCUAAAUCUGUGACAAAACCAGUUGCCAAAGAAAGCAAAGCUGAGCCAAAAGCCAAGAAGUCUGAACUUGCUAUACCAAAGAAUCCAGCGAGCAACAAUUCGUGCCCUUCUUUGGAAAAAGAAGCCAAUUCGGGCCCUAAUUCAGUCAUGAUCGUCCUUGUCAUGCUGUUGAAUAUUGGAUUGGCCAUUCUCUUUGUUCACUUUCUAACUUGACUGGAGUUAGGAAAGUAGGGAGCUGGGGAAACAAACGAGCCCGAGGAAUGCGGCCGGAGGAUUGUGUUGCUGCGCCACUUUUCCAACAUUCACUCCUGUCUCAUUACAAGAACGAGGUAGCAGCAUCACUCAGCAGUCUUAUGCCAUGACCUGCUGCUUUAACGUCUCCCGGAACAUUCUGGGAGAAAAUGUUGUGUUUGCUUGUGCACGACUAUUUUUGCUGUUUAUUUAAAUAUGAUGUAUGGUCACCUACCAUGUGCAGUCCUGGCCAGAUGAAACACACAUGUUGCAUCUCAAGGAAAAGAAACAACAAAAUUCUAGAGAAAUGUGUUGAUUUUGACAGCAAUACAUCAUUUUUAUGUCAUUUAGUCUUCCUAAACCUUUGGUGAAAGGCUGUUUAUCUUAAAAAUUUAGCAAUUUGAAAGCAUUAUACCUUCCUAAGAAAUAAUUUAAUUUUAAAUAUUUUUAAUGUUACUAAAUGAAUUAUUUAUGCACUUACAAGGUGCUCAACUUUAAAGGCUGAAAGACAACAGAAUUCUAAGAAGUCAGAAUGUUGCAUGGGUUGCAGUAAUCGGUGUUUAAAAGAUUCAGUUUCAUUGCUGACGUACUUUACAACCAAAUAAAAUCUUGUCAGUGGCUAUGUUAAUUCCCAUGAAACUUAAGCAAGAUGCUAUUAAUAACUGCUCUUCUCUUUCUUUUUUUUUCCCAACUGAAUAUUUUGUUGAAUACAUUCAGGUAGAGCAUAAAGCUUUGUGAAAUCACUGCUUCUCAAUUUUAUGCCUUAUGUGUUGUUUUUCAAAGUCCUUUUAAAAUUUUAUUUCACAUCUUAAAGGCUUAGACAUUUUUGUUUGAGUAUUUGUCCUUCACAGUCCUUUGUUAUUCUGACAUAAUCAGAUUUUUUGCUGUUUUAUAAUUAAUCCUUUAUUACUCAGAAGCAUGCUUACUUCAAGAAACUACAUGGUCUUUCUAAAAGUAACUAUUUGAAAAGAAAUUGGGGAGGAAAGGUUUCUAUUAAAUCUCUAUGAAACAUUACAUUGUGGAGAGGGAGAUAUUCCUAAAUAGUUUCACAAUCUGCAUGGUUUAAUCCAAUUCUUUUUGCCUUGCUACCUUUUCAAUGCAGAAGAAGCAAUUCACAUGUUAGCACAGGUGUGGCCUGGACGCUCUGUCACCUGCCAGGUAGUAACCCAGUGGUGUUUUUUGCAGAAGUACAAUAUGUUGAGAAUCCUGGGUGUGACCAAUGUGGAAUAAAGAAGAAAGCAGAAAGAGAGCAAAUGAAAAUUACAACUUGUAUAUUUAUUUUUUACAUUUUGCUUUGACUUUUAAAUUUAAGAAGUACAUUUUUACCCAAGAAACGUUUGAGUUCCUCUGUCAGUCUCAAUACUGACACUUCUCCUUCCUAAUCCCAUAGCUCUUUACGCUGGGAAAGCUGAUUUUUUAAAGAAAAAACAAAAUACUUAAUCUUAUUAAGUGUUUAUUUAAAAUAUGUCAUGCUUUGAAAUAAUGGAUAACAGAUAACUAAAGGAUAUGUUUAUACAGUGAGCAUGUUGGUUCCAUUUAUAAAUAUAUGUAUGAUUUAUAAGCUUUUUUAAAACAAAGCCAAAAUUGUUGGUAUUUUUCUAAAAUGUGCACAGCUGUAUUUUACAUGAAAGGCUCUUUCUAAUGGGUUGUUAUACUGUACUCUACAUUUUGGACAGCACAUGAGGUCUGCCAAUGUACUUAAUAAAACAUGACUUGUUUAUUUAAAGUUUCUUGCUGUGAAAAAGAACUCCCUACCUGUGAGUUCCUUUAUUUAUAAUUCUUGAAACCAAAAUGUAUAAUGUACAGUUUUCACAACUGUAUCUGCUCUAAUAAAAAGAGUUGGUUAUU